CUCCCAGCGCUGAGCAGUGUGCGCGCGAGCACUGCGUGUGUGUCACUGUGUGCGUGUCUGUCCGUGCGGAGCGUGUGAGCUGCCGGAGGAGAAGCGCAGCGCACCGAGCGCCCUCGCGACAGUCGCGAGCCGCUCCGCUCGAGGCUCCUGUGUGCUGCCGCUGCCACCACCGCCGCUUCGCGCGAGCUGUCACGCACGUCCUCGAGGACAUGAGAGGCUCUUGAUCGAACGGGACUCGAGCGGACGGGAGACGGAUCUGUCUCAAGGCUGUGCGAGGACCAUUCCCUGCUCUGGACCAUGGAGAAAACCGUACGUCUGAUGCGGAAGCCGGCGGACGGUGACGAGCGGGUCGCGGUCACCCGCGGCGCCGACUUCGGGGAGCAGCAGGUGGGCCUGGCGGACAAGAUCCCCCUGCUGAAGCCCCACUUCAAGAAGAAGCACUCUCCGAGGAAGCUGGACCCCAAGCGCCUGAGGACGCUGGAGAACCCCAUCCUGACCACGCUGCUGAGCUCGGACGAGCUUGUGGCGGGGGACGGGGUUUUCGUCCCGCAGAACCCGGCGAGACCGCAGAGUACGCUGUGCGCUGCCGCCGUGGAGAAGCGGGAGAAGGUCCGCCGCGGGUGUCUGAAGGAGGACGCCGACGGACACGGGGCUGUGGUCGUGGAGGUGGCCGGGGACAUAGCGGAGGGCAGCCCGCAGAAGGCGACCGACAUCCAGGGGCUGACCGCGGCCCCCGCCGAGGGCCGCUUUCAGCCGGCGGCACCCGCCGCGCCGCCGCCCCCCAAAGAGGGCCGGUGCCGGAGCGAGAUGUUCGAGGAUAAAAGCGACGAGGCCUCCUUGGACCUCGUCUUCGAACUCUUAACCCAGCUGCAGUACCACACGCACCAAGGGGACAGCGUGGCCAUCUGCGUGGACUUCCUGUGGGGCAUCUGCGUGUACGGCAGCGACUGCGAGCGCCACCACACCGUGCUGCCCUACCACUGGCAGAUCCGCAGGGCGGAGUCUCGCGUCUGGCAGAGCAUCUCUGACGAGUCCCAGGAGCAGCUGGAGAGGCUGUACUGCUGCCCGGACAACGAGCAAGUGCGUCUCAAGUUCCACGGCCGCAUCUUCACACUGGACUUCAACACCAUGCGAGUCAGCGACCUGGAAUUUGACCUGGUCAGACGUCUGUCCACGCCCCCCGGAGUGACGGCCGCGCCCCCCGGCUCGGCGGCCGCGUCCCUCGGCUCGGCGGCCGCGUCCCUCGGCUCGGGCCCCGCCCCCAGCUGUCGCACGGUGUGGAAGUACUACUGCAGAGACAACUUUGGCUGGAGAGAGUACUCCGAGCCCGUCGUGCGGCUCAUAGAGGAGGCGAGCGGCCGCGGCCUGAAGGAGGUGCGUUUCAUCACGCUCCAGAACCAGUACAUCCUGAACAUCCGCGAGGGCUUCCAACAGAACGCCGUCUUCGGCUUCCGCCGGCAGAUCAAGAAGAGGCCGCUCUUUGUCUCGUCCGUCAUGCUCCUGCCGCACCUCCAGACCCUAAGCGGCCUGGCGUCUCCGCAGGGCCCCGGCCCCCUGCCCCUGUCGCCCACGUCCUGCGACCCCUCCCGGGCGUACCCGGAGACCUGGGUGCCCAUGAGCUCCUACCAAGACUUCAUCCAGGUUCCGGUGGCGAAGGAGGACCGCAGCUACCGCACGGUCUACAGCCUCUUCCACAAGACUGUGUCGGAGACCAAGUUCCGCAUCCUGAGGAUCCUGCGGGUGCAGAACCCCUUCCUCUGGGAAAAGUACAAGAGGAAGAAGGAGUACAUGUCGCGCAAGAUGUCGGAGAUGGACCGCAUGCUGAACGAGCGCCACCUCUUUCACGGCACGUCGCAGGACGUCGUGGAGGGCAUCUGCAAGCACAACUUCGACCCGCGCGUGUGCGGCAAACACGCCACCAUGUUCGGCCAGGGCAGUUACUUUGCGCGCAAGGCCGUCUAUUCGCACAACUUCUCCAAGCGCUCGGCCAAGGGCGUCCACUGCAUGUUCCUGGCCAAGGUGCUGACGGGACGCUUCACGGCGGGCAACCCGUCGCUGCGGCGCCCGCCGCCGCUCAGCCCCAGGGACCCUUCCGGCGACUUGUACGACUCGUGCGUGGACAACUGGCUCGACCCCCAGAUCUUCGUCAUCUUCAACGACGACCAGAGCUACCCGUACUUCAUCAUCCAGUACGAGGAGGUCAGCGGCACCGUGUCGGUGUGACGCCGCGUCCGCUCCUCGCGGACGGAUCCUGCUGCUGGGCGACGGACGCCGACGGACGCCCCCCCCUCCCCCCCGGCAUCGCCGAGCUCUCGCGACACCCCGACCGUUCUUCUCUCGGGGUUUAUUUCCUCUCUCUUCCUGCUGGAAUCCAACCGCAGUUUGCGAGAAACUUUAUACAUUUUUCUGUUUAUAUUUCAACUGUGUGCCUUUUGUUCAUAAAGAAAUGUUUAUUUAUGUUAGUUACUGUAAGACGGCAGUAAAUAAAACUUUUAAUGACACCUU